CCAUGCCGUUGGCUUUCUGUGGCAGCGGGCUCAACUCGACUGCUUACGAGGUGACCGACGGGGUGCUCAACAACGGCUGUUUCGUGGACGCCCUGAAUGUGGUCCCCCAUGUUUUCCUGCUUUUCAUCACGUUCCCCAUUCUCUUCAUAGGAUGGGGAAGUCAAAGUUCCAAAGUUCAUAUCCAUCAUAGCACUUGGCUUCAUUUUCCUGGUCAUAAUUUACGGUGGAUUUUGACUUUUAUCCUUUUGUUUGUGCUGGUCUGCGAAAUAGCUGAAGGAAUCGUGUCAGAUGGGAUUUCAAAAUCUGAUAAUUUACACCUAUACAUGCCACCAGGGAUGGCAUUUUUGGCAGCUAUCACAUCCAUUGUUUAUUACCACAACAUUGAAACAUCCAAUUUUCCAAAAUUAUUAAUAGCCUUGCUAUUCUAUUGGACUUUGGCUUUUAUAACCAAAACUAUCAAGUUUGUCAAGUUUUGUGAUAAUAAUAUUGGACCCCGCCAGCUUCGAUUCUGCCUCACAGCACUCUUGGUUGUACUUUAUGGAAUGCUGCUAAUUGUAGAAAUUAACGUAAUCCGAGUGAGGAGAUAUAUUUUCUUCAAAAAACCCAAAGAAGUAAAACCUCCUGAGGAUCUUCAGGACCUUGGAGUCAGAUUCCUGCAACCUUUUGUGAAUCUCCUAUCCAAAGGAACAUAUUGGUGGAUGAAUACUUUUAUUAAAACUGCCCACAAAAAGCCCAUAGAUUUGAAAGCUAUAGGCAAACUGCCUAUUGCAAUGAGAGCUUUGACCAACUACAUGCACCUUAAUGAGGCUUUUCAAGGACAAAAGAACAAAGACACUCCAUACCCACAAGGAUCCAGAAGUAUUUGGUGUGCCCUCUGCUAUGGCUUUGGAAGACCUUUAGCUCUAAGCAGCACUUUCCGUAUCCUGGCAGAUUUGCUUGGAUUUGCUGGUCCACUUUGCAUCUCUGGGAUUGUUCAUGUAAGGAAAGAAAACAGCACUUUGCCUGUCCAGCUUAAAAUAAUGGGUGUUUACUUCAUCUCUUCUCAAGAAUUCUUGGCUAAUUUUUAUGUUUUAUCGGUCCUCCUUUUUUUUGCACUUCUAUUGCAAAGAACCUUUCUCCAGGCAUCAUACUAUGUGGCCAUUGAAACAGGAAUUAACCUGAGAGGAGCAAUACAGACAAAAAUCUAUAGUAAGAUCAUGAGACUAUCAACCUCCAACAUGUCCAUGGGGGAAAUGACCUCAGCUCAGAUCUGUAAUCUGGUUGCAAUAGACACAAACCAGCUAAUGUGGUUCUUCUUCCUGUGUCCUAAUCUCUGGGCUAUGCCUGUACAGAUUAUUGUUGGAAUUGUUCUGCUCUAUUACCUGCUUGGAAUCAGUGCCUUAAUAGGAGCAGCUGUAAUCAUAGUGCUGGCCCCUGUCCAAUACUUUGUAGCCACGAAACUUUCACAAGCUCAGAGAAGUACACUGGUCACGAAUGGAUUUUUCACAUGGACGCCAGAAGGAGUUCCAACUUUAUCCAGCAUUGAUAUUCGAAUUCCUCAAGGUCAGCUAACAAUGAUUGUGGGACAGGUAGGCUGUGGUAAAUCAUCUCUCUUAUUAGGAAUACUUGGAGAGAUGCAGAAGACAUCUGGGAAUGUGAUCUGGAACAGCAGCAUUCCUGACAAUGAGACAGGGGAAGAUGUCAGGUAUAAAGCAGUAAUUGAUGCUUGCUGUCUUCAGCCUGAUAUUGACAUACUACCUCAUGGAGACCAAACACAGAUUGGAGAGAGGGGUAUUAAUUUAUCUGGAGGUCAGCGCCAAAGAAUCAGUGUAGCAAGAGCUCUUUAUCAACAGACAAAUGUGGUAUUUCUGGAUGAUCCAUUUUCAGCACUAGAUAUCCACUUGAGUGAUCAUCUCAUGCAAGAAGGAAUUCUGAAUUUGCUAAGAGCAGACAAGAAAACCAUUGUUUUAGUUACCCACAAACUACAAUAUCUGCCCCAUGCUGACUGG